ACAUUUCAGGGGCGUGGAAGUUAUGAAGAUCGAACUGAAAUGCUUCAACUUAUAGUUGAUCUUGUGGAGGCGAGCAUCUAUGCUGAUAAUCCUGAUUGGAGCAUUGAUGAGCAAGUAGCAAAGGACAUACAACUAAUAGACUCUAUUGCAGAGAAACAAGCUCUUAUUUUCUCAGAAGAAUGCAAGUUGUUCCCUGCAGAUGUGCAGAUUCAGUCAAUAUAUCCAUUACCAGAUGUUUCUGAGCUGGAGACAAAGCUUUCAGAACAAUCAAAGAUACUCUCGAAUCUUCAACAGAAGGUCACAGAUUUGGCAUCUAAGCAUGCUUACAAUCCAGAUGAGGAGUAUGCAGAGGUGGAAUCCCAACUUCGGGCUAAUCUGGAAUCUUUUCUUGAAACCGCAAGAUCAUUUAAUACAAUUUACACCAAGGAAAUUCGCCCCUGGACUCACAUGAUGGAGGUACCACAGCUUCAUGGGUUUGGGCCUGCUGCCAAUCGCUUGUUAGAGGCAUACAAGAUGCUUUUAAAGUUCUUAGGUAACUUGAGAAAUCUUAGGGACUCAUAUGCAGCCCUUGGUGUUGGAUCGUCUGAAACAAUUGCUGGCGAGCCCUCUUCAGUCACAAGAAUUAUUUCAGAGUGUGAAUCUGCCUUAACAUUUUUAAACCAUGAUCUUGGAAUUCUUUCGGCCUCAAUUGCGCGUGAGCAAGGUGAAAAGGUGACUUUAUGAAAUAUUUUUAAAAGAUAGGGAAGACUGUCACCUCCUCUACUUCUUUUUUUUGAUAUGUUUUCCAGUUAUAUUUUCCAAAGCCAUCUUAGCUUUUUGAUUUCUUUAAUCGCUUAAUUGAUUGUUAAUUAAAUUCCACUCUGAGGAAAUGAUGAGUCUUAGAGGCCACAUUUUUAGUUAUAGUAUGGUGUUUUGUAUCUGUAUCAUGGUGGUGUGUAAUUUGUAGAUAUGAAUUUCAUGACUUUUAUACGCUAAUAUUGCUCUAGUUACGAUUGAAUACGAUAAGGUUUACAUGAUUAGUCCAUUGUCCUUAUG